CCCUUUACUCCGGUGUGGAAUCACGAAACAAUCAAAUGUUCCUCUUCCUAUCAUAAUGCUCCGAAAGGCCAAGUCCCCCAAGUAUGCCCUCACCGAGGCUCAAAGGGUAAUGUAUGCCUCCGAAAAGCUCGUUAACUUUCGAUGGAUUUCCAAGGUGGUAGCCUCAUAUUCCUCGUAUACCCUUUCCGGGAAGGACCUGGUAGAACCCAGUCUUCAGCUUGAGCUGGCGGAAAUCGGCCAAUACGCCGAGAUAGCUUCGAAUAAUAUCGUUCCGGUGGAAUUUGUCUUCGGAAACAUCGACACCCUGAUACAGCCAGAUUUCCCACUGGAAAACUACCAGGCGCUUCAGGGAUCCAUACUUGUGUCUGAGUUUUUUGGACGGGUCUCCCAUUUGCACGCUUACGUCGCGUACCGUCCACACACGAAACAGCUUAUCGUGGCUACUUCAGGGACGACCUCGUUGCUGCAGACCAUUCAGGAUAUGAGGUUCAUAAAGCACCGACACCGAUCAUGUCGGGGGGCUAUCCACUCGGGAUUCUGGAACCUAUAUAAGGGCGUACGGGAUUCCGUUUAUGUGGGCAUAGCCAAAGGCUUUCAAGAACAUGAGGUGAAAGAGCUUGUUAUCACAGGCCAUAGCAUGGGUGGUGCCGUGUCGUAUUUACUUAUGGUCGAUGCGCUCACCCAGAAGAUAAAUAUACCUCCGGAUGUGCGGCUCAAGCAUGUGUCCUAUGGUGCUCCGAGAGUUGGGGAUGCUUCCUUCGUAAAAUACUGGCGAGAGUUAGUAUCGAAGCAUCGUGAGGUAUAUGGCGAAUCUUCAAUGGUAGAACUGUGUGUCAAGGCAUACAACGACGGUGUUCCGUCCUUACCACCCCUCUCUUUUGGUUAUCGACAUUGCACCGAGAGGCCGAUGUAUCUUGUCCAUGGUUAUCUCUUUCACAUACCCACUUCGCAGUGCGAGUUCUCCCUUUUCGUUGCCGAGACUCCGUCGAACCAUAUAUCCAUCGAGUAUCCCAAAGGAGGGCAUAAUUAUUACAAUGGACGCGAUAUGGAACGGGUGUUACGGCGGUUAAAUUGGCUGGAGAAGGCAAUGGGUAGUGAAGAGGAUUGGAUAGAGAAAUACAAGCUUCAUGCUGCUAAACACCUUAAAUCCCUCAGUCCUGUGAGGUCUUCAUGGCUGUCGAUACAGUUUCUCUAUCGAUGACAACUUAUUUUAAACUUCAAUAUCAUUAUGCAUAUACUGUACGAAGAGCCAUUAAUAUUUCGUGCAUUGUUUUAUGAACUUUACCGAUCUUUCGGAUUCUUCUGGACGUGCUACAAUUACAUUUAACCUGAUACUCUUUGUC